UUGCCCAUUUUAUCUUAUUUUACAUGUAGUCAAGUGUAAAUCUACACACACACACACACACUCACACACACACAAACAUACAUACAUACACUUUAAUAUAUGCACAUAAAUAGUAUUUCAAUAAUUUUAUUCAAAUUAUAGUCACUAUGUUGUAUAUUAACAAGUAAAUAUAUUCAAACCAAGAUUGUUUCUCUUUUUACAAUAUUGUAAUGAUCAUAAAAUGAGUAGUUUAAAAGCAAUUAUAAAAAGUGUUGAUAUGCCUGAUGUAAUGCAACAAGAUGCUGUAGAUAUAUGUGCUAUGGCAAUUAAAAAAUAUUCAAUGGAAAAAGAUAUUGCAGCAUUUAUGAAAAAAGAAUUUGAUCGAAAAUAUUCACCUAGUUGGCAUUGUAUAGUUGGAUCACAUUUUGGCACGUAUAUUUCACAUGAAGCAAAACAUUUUAUUUAUUUCUUUUUGGAUAAUCAUGCUGUUGUAUUAUUCAGAACUGGAACAAUCAAUUGAAAAUCAAUAUAUGUAAACUAAUAAUCUUUUUAUUGGACAAUUCUAUCAAUCUAUUGUAUCCUAUUGAUAACAGUACAAAAUUCCCUAUUUUCUAUAUACUGAUUAAAUCACCUUAUCUAUUCUUUUAUAAAGACAAAUCUAACAAACAAUCAAUAACUCACUAUAUAUAUUCUUUAUUUGUCUUACAUUUGUCAUCAUACUACUUAUUUACUUACUUACUUACGCCUGUUACUCCCAAUGGAGCAUAGGUCUUCGACCAGCUCCCGUGAUAUAUUAUUUCAUGUAAUCAAUAUUUUACAAGAAAUUCAUAUUUUCUAUCAAAAUGACUAUUUUUUUCUUUGAGAAAUAAAACUCUUGUUCAGAAAAGAGCAUAUUUUAUUGUUGUUAAUCUUUAUAUUUGAUUAGAAAUAUGUUUGAAGUGUAUGAGAAUAAAAUGAUCUUUGUAUGAA